AUGGCUGCAAGAGGCCAAGGAGGUACAUUGGCUGCUACAACUGAAUCUUUGGAUGAUGGUGGGGUUGAUGGUUGGGGAGAAGAUGCUGAACUUGUCCUUGAUGAUGACUAUGGUCCCACUGAAGGUGGUCUUGAUGAAGAGAUUGGGCGAGAAGAAGGUGGUGGUUGGGAUGUUGAAGAAGAUCUGGAAUUACCAGCAGAUUUGGACAUUGGGCCUCUUCCAACUGGAGGUGGGGAAGAAGGUUUCUUUGUACCACCAACCAAAGGAACAAGUCAGUCUCAGGUUUGGUGUAACAAUUCUCAGUUGGCUGUUGAUCACAUCCUGGCUGGUUCUUUUGAGACAGCAAUGAGGCUUCUCCAUGACCAAGUGGGUGUGGUGAACCUUCCUCCUUACAAAAACCUCUUCAUGCAGACUUAUGCCAGAGGCAGGACUUCCUAUGUUGGAUUGCCUUCUCUUCCUCCUCUCUUUGGAUAUCCUCAGCGUAAUUGGAAAGAUGCCGGUGCACGUAAUGGUGUUCCAAUAGUUGGCCUCAAACUGAGCACUCUUGUACAACAGCUACAAAUUGCAUACCAACUGACAACAGGUGGGAAAUUUAAUGAAGCCAUUGAACGUUUCCGGAACAUUCUCUUGAGUGUGCCUUUAUUAGUUGUUGACAAUAAACAAGAAAUUGCAGAAGCACAACAAUUAAUAGAAAUUUGUCGAGAAUAUAUUGUUGGUUUGAGUAUGGAAAUGACUCGUAAGGAGUUGCCAAAAGAUACUUUUGAAGAGCAAAAGAGAAGUUGUGAGAUGGCUGCCUACUUUUCCCACUGUAACCUCCAACCUGUUCACAUGAUACUCACUUUACGAACAGCACUUAAUCUAUUCUUUAAAAUAAAAAAUUACCGAAUGGCUGCAUCGUUUGCACGACGACUGCUGGAAUUGGGACCAAAACCAGAUGUAGCACAACAGACAAGAAGGAUAUUGGCAGCCUGUGAAAAGAAUCCAGUUGAUCAACAUGAAAUUAAAUAUGAUCAGCACAAUCCAUUUGAUAUUUGUGCUGCCACCUUUGUUCCAAUUUACAGAGGAAAACCAGUUGUAAAAUGCCCUCUCAGUGGAGCUUGUUAUCUACCAGAAUUUAAAGGAGAAGUUUGCAGAGUAACUAAAGUUACUGAAAUUGGCAAAGAUUGUAUUGGAUUACGAAUCAGCCCCAUUCAAUUCCGAUAA